AUGUGGGUUUUGUUUCAGUACCGGCGCAUCUGGAAAGACGUCGAACGUGAACUAGUUCCGGAAUGGCAAGACGUUAGCCGCCCCUGCGAGCACGAGCAGAUGGAGGUCCACCACAAGUACGACGAACACCAUACGCAAGAGGAAAUCAAUUCGCUAUACUUUAAUGAUGAGGUUGGCAGCAUCGACGCCCACAGUUGGAAUACCGCGACCAAAUGGAUGGCAACGUUGAUCGUCUGCUGCAUCUCCGGAGUCGUGGCGAUGGUGACUGCGAUCCAGGCAUCGCUUGUUACCGUCAUAGCAGCGGACUUUCAAGUGUCGCAGGAGGCUGAGAACUGUGCAACUGGUAAGAUCUCUCCAUUUAUCGUGGACACUGCUAAACCCCUAGGCAUGUUCCUGUUCGGCUUCGCUGUCGGCUCCCUCGUCACCGGCCCCUUCUCCGAAACAUGCGGACGGAAUCUUGUGUUCAGCGUCACCAUGGGCCUGAUGAUGUGCUGCCUCGCACUCUCAGGCAUUUCGCACACCCUCGCCCAGCAACUCGUCUUCCGAUUCCUAGCCGGCUUCCUGGGUUCCAGUCCGCUAGUCUGUGCUGGCGGCUCCAUCUCCGAUAUGUGGACGCCCGUCGAGCGAGUCUACGUCUUCCCGGUCUUUGCCAUAGUCUCCUUCAUAGGGACUCCGAUCGCGCCAAUCAUCGGAGGCUAUCUCGCCCGGAACAACGCAUCCUGGCGGUGGAACGACUGGAUCAGCAUCGCCGUCACCGGCUUCUUCCUUCUGCUGGUCGUCCUAAUCCUCCCCGAGACCUUCCGGCCCCUCCUCCAGCGAGCCAAAACACACGUCAUCAGGAAACGGACGGACAAGUGGGAGGUCCCCGAAAACCCCCAAUUCAAAGCUCAGCCGCCCCUCUGGCGUAAAAUCAUCGAUGGCCUCUGGCGCCCGUUCGUCCUAACCGCGUACGAGCCCAUCGUCGUGCUCUUCACCUUUUACCUCUCUCUCAUCUACAUCAUCCUCUUGAGCUCCCUGAGCGGAUACACCUUCAUCUUCAGCAAUACGUACGGGCUAGACAACGCGCAAACAGGCCUUACAUUCCUCGGCAUGCUCGCGGGCAACUGCGCCUCAGGCUUCCUGAUCCCCUACGGAAAGAAGCUGUACGCCCGAGACCUUGAAAAAGCCAUCGCCAUGGCGGAAGAGCACAACGACGACCAACGCCGCAACCACUCCGACUCCGACUCCCAGGAGCUCAUCAAAACAGAGGACGUCUCCCCGCCCCCAGAAAGCCAGCUCUACUACGCCAUGGUCGGCGCCCCCUUCAUCCCGAUUUCACUCUACUGGAUGGCGUAUACCGCCCGCCCGGAUAUCUCCUACUGGAGCCCCAUAGUCGGCUCCUCGCUCUUCGGCUUCGGCUUCUCGCUCGUUUUCGUCUCAUGCUACCAGUAUCUGUCCUCGUGCUACGGCAUCUGGACGGCGUCUGCGCUGUCGGCUGUGAACUUUCUCCGCGCGUUGGCGUCGGGUGGCAUGUUUAUUGCUAGCAUGCCCAUGUAUCAGGCCAUGGGCGUGAUGUGGACGCUCACGAUGCUGGCUAUUGCGGCGACGGUGAUGGUCCCCGUCCCGUAUGCGUUUUAUAAGUGGGGGAGGAAGGUGAGGAAGUUGAGUAAGCAUGCUUGUAAGGAUUGA